CGAAGAGCCAGUGUCCUAUUUUCACUUUCGUUUUGUCAGAUUACAGAGCCCAACAAGGACGUUGUUGUUGUGUAUUGUAAUUCAUUUCUGUAAUCCAAAGAGGUUUUCAGUGAUCACAGCCUCAACAUACUGAUUGAACGCUUCAAGAAUACCAUUGACUCUACAGUGUCCACUCACGAUGACCGCUACCUACCCAUGUCCGGGCAUCAGAGUGGUCAGAGGUCCCGACUGGGCGGGGAGAGAUCAAGAUGGCGGCGAAGGUCACGUGGGAACGGUUGUGAAGAUAGAGGAUUCUGAUUGGGCAAAAGGCAAAGUGUCUGUUAUCUGGGACAGUGGUCGAGAGUUCCAGUACCGGGCAGGAUAUGAUGGCAAGUUCGAGCUGCUGGUGUUUGACUCGGGUCCUACAGGUGUUAGACAAAACGGUUAUACGUGCGACGGGUGUGGAGAUGACGACUUCCCAGGAGUAAGAUGGAAGUGCCAGGAAUGCCGAGACUACGACCUGUGUUCUUCAUGCUACAACACAGACCGACAUAACACGGGCCACGCCUUCCUCCGAUGUGUCACCAACAACUCACCACUUCAGCGGGUUUCCUCUCGGUCUAGCACCCGAAGAAUCCAGUCUACAGGUCUGUUCGUGGGGGCAAAAGUCAGGCGUGGACCUCACUGGUUUCAGUUGAAACAUGGAAAUUCAGAUGGGGGCGAAGGAAACACUGGUGAAGUCGUCAAAGUGGGCACGUUGGCCGGAGUUUACACCCGAGGCGCUGUCAAUGUGAGAUGGUUGGCCGAUCAGAGCAAUCUUAAGGGGUAUUGUACCGGUGCCAAGGGCAAGGUUGAGGUCACGGCGGUUAAGGGCUCACCAGGCUGGAAGUACUACAAGGAACAUCUCCCUGUCCUUGAUGUUGUACAGCCAAAUGACGUUCGGUUGAAACUUGGGGACAAAGUGAAAGUGGAGGACGAAAAAAUAUUUAGACGAGUGCAUUUAGAUCACAAACUUUUAAACGAAGAAGCCAUGGCACAGUGUCUGGAGGAGGUGGGGACGGUUGUGGCUCUAGAAACAGGUAGUAAGAUAAAAGCCCAGUACCCAGAUGCAGAGAAACACCGCCUGAUGAAGUCAACGUUGACGAAGCUUCACACGUUUGCUGUUGGGGACACUGUUAGGAUCAUCAGCAACUACAACGCUGCCCUUGAGCUUCAGAAUGGACAUGGCGGUUGGACCGAUAAAAUGGAAGAUUGUCUGGGAAUGACCGGCCAGGUGGUUGAGAUCGACAAGGACGGAGACCUGAGGGUUGACUUUGGGAACGUCAAGUGGUUCCUUAGUCCUGUCUGCUGUGAUCCUCAGGACGGAGAGGCCUUGUCAGGGUCCGAACUCUCUUCUGGGUCUAAUAAAAGCACCAGCUCAGAUUCAUCGGACGUGGACAACAUAGCAGAAGGCGUGGCAAAGGUCCUUUUCGACCUUCUGAAACCAGGUGAGAGUGUUAUGUUUAAACCCACGACGUCAGUCACAGCCAGGGACCUCGUCAUCGCCGUCAGCAACGGCGACACGGAAUCAGUGAAAGACAUUGUCAAGUCUAUUGGUGACAAGGUGAAUGAAGCCGUGGAUGGUCUGACGGCACUGCAGACAGCGUGUUACAAAGGUCACGUUGACAUUGCCAAGCACCUGAUCAGUGCUAAGGCUGAUCUGAACAAGGCCGACAACGACGGCGACACACCUCUACACUAUGCCGUAUCAGGAGAGCAACCCACUCUGGUAAGGAUACUGCUGGAGGCCAAGGCACGGGGCAACACGAAGAACAAGAAGGGACUGACACCAUUACAUCUGGCAGUGGCCAAGAAGGACCCCAGCACCCGGUGUCUGAAGACACUCAUACAGUACAAGUGUGAUCCCAACACUCAGGAUGAGGACGGAGAUACCCCACUUCAUGAUGCCAUUAGAACACAGAACCAGCCUCUUCUUGACGCCUUCCUGGAGUGUGACCAACUCAACCUGAGACUCGCCAACACAGACGGUUGCAACCCGUUCCACGAAGCGUGUACCUCCCUCUCCGGAGCAGCAGAGUUUCCACAAGCACUGAUAAAGAAAGAACCGAAGAUUGUCAACGUCCCCAUGAACAAUUCCCUCACCCCCAUACACAUCGCAGCAUUCAGGAGUUUUGUGGCUCUGGCAGGCGUCCUGGUGAAGGCUGGGUGUAACGUUAAUGCACGAGACGACAACGGCAAGACACCUCUUCAUCUGGCAGUGCAUGGGUGUAACCUGCAGAUGGUCCAACUGCUACUUGAGUCCGGGGCGGAGAUCAAUGUACAAGACCAGGAUGGUAAUUCUCCUCUGCACGCCGCCCACAUGGACAGCACGCUGCCUGGAACUGAGGCAAAUAAGGAUGAGGACAUUGCACUGGAGAUCCGCUGCCAUCUCGCAGAACGAGGAGGGGACAUCAAAUUGAAAAACAAAGACGGGAAGACACCUCUUGAGUUUGUGAAGAACAAGGAAGUGCGAGUAAUGUUAGAGAGAAUUGCAAAACGAUCUUCGACAUCGUCAAUGAGCCAAUCAAAGCGCCUACCAGCACAUUGGGAAACCAUGGGACAGGAUGGGUUCAGGAAGGUGGAGCUAAGUGAGUCCAACCCGCUGACGGCCUUUGAAUACAGACAUGUUGAGUCAAAGGUGGAAGAGACGCUGUCAAAUAAGAACAUCGUGUCCAUCUACCGUGUCCAGAAUGUGGCACUGUGGGAACAGUAUAGGGUUGCCAAGGGCAACAUGGAACGUGAAUACGGUCGGGGUCUUGCCAACGAAAUGCAACUCUUUCACGGGACCACACCAGACUCGGCCGAUCUCAUCCCGCACCAAAACAUCGACUUCCGGUUAGCCGGAAGUAGAGUGGGCGCCCUCUAUGGCCAAGGAGCGUACUUUGCUGUGGAUGCCAAGUACUCGGAUGGCUAUGCUAAAGAAGACGCCCGGCGUCACAGGUUCAUGUUUUUGGCUAAAGUUUUGGUGGGGAAGUCGAGGCAAGGGAACCGAGAGUUAAAACGUCCCCCAGUGUUGGAUGCCAGCAACAAAACUAAACUCGCUGACUCAGCAUGUGAUAAGGAAACAAGUCCGAGAAUCUACGUGAUUUUCAGCGAGAAUCAGAUAUACCCUGAGUAUCUGAUUGAAUAUUGUUGAUUGUCCUAAUCUGACCUGUGUACUGGCUUCAGACGCGUGUAUAUCAUGCUAUAACGUCCUUGUAUACCUAGUAUCACCACUUUUUAUAUUGAUUCAGCUGAUGUAUUGCAAUAAUGAUAUGAACAUAGAAACGCCUUUUCGCUUUCAUUUAUCUGCAGAUGAGACCUUUACAGAGAGCAAUAUCCAUCUAUAAGAAAUAUAUCAUUUCGAUUGAAGAAAUAUUUUGUAUAAUGUGUACCAAUGUCAUAUUUCGUUAUUUACUUACUUAGGUGUGAUACUUUUAUUCAGGACUUGCAAUCAUCUUAAAAUCUUUGUUCUUGUUCUGAUUAGAGAAUUCGAUGUUUCCAAAUUAUUUUGCAUCUGUAACCUCUGAAGAUCUAAAAAAAUUUAUUUAUUACUUAAAAAACAUUAUUUUUUAGCUUUGUUGCCAAUAUGUGUCGACCAGCUUCCGAGUUCAAUUCUUACGUCGAACAAGAACGAUGUGGUAAUCAACUUGUACCUGAAUGAGUCGAUAUCAGUAUUUAACCGCUUUUGUUAUGUGUAGAGACAUAACGGAUUCUCCUGGAGCCAUAUCUAUCGGGGUGUUGGAAAUCAUAAUGCUAUAACUGUUGUUGGAUGGUUCCAGAUGUGAAGGCAGUGCAAUAAAUAUAGAAAACUCA